AUGCUACCAUGGUCCGUGCCCGUGGGGCCCAGAUCAAAGCGUGCAGGGCCCAGCAGCGUUACUGAGGGGAAUUUCUCGGUGAUGGUAGCAGCAACAGCGGCACUGGAGGCUGAAAAAGUGAGGAGGAAGAUGAUGAUGGGAAUACGGAUGAGACGUGGAGUAGACACCUGGCAGCCGUGGGAAGGAAAAGGAAAGGGCCUUCGGAAGAUGGAGAGACCAUCAUCUGUGAAGGGUAUCGGAAAUUGGCCGAGGCAAUCGGGAGGUUGGCGCAUAUAUAUCAAAAAGUUGAGGAGGCAAAGCAACAGCAUGUGGUGGAGCUGGAGAAACAAAGAAUGCAGUUUGCAAAGGAUUUGGAAAUUCAGAGAAUGA